AAUCUCAAUCAUUUAACAGCGUGAUCAAAAGACAGGUCAGAUUUCCUUAGCGAAGAAGAGAAGAAUUUGCUGAAAAUGUCUGGGCGUGGAAAGGGCGGUAAGGGUUUGGGAAAGGGAGGAGCGAAACGACACCGUAAGGUCCUCCGGGACAACAUCCAAGGCAUCACGAAGCCGGCCAUUCGCCGUCUUGCUCGCCGUGGUGGAGUGAAGCGUAUCUCCGGCCUCAUCUACGAGGAGACUCGCGGCGUCCUCAAGAUCUUCCUCGAGAACGUCAUCCGCGACGCUGUUACCUACACUGAGCACGCUCGCCGGAAGACGGUCACCGCAAUGGACGUCGUCUAUGCUCUCAAGAGACAGGGCCGCACUCUGUACGGAUUCGGCGGUUAGGUUUUGAUAUCGGCGGUGUAUAUUUCGGUGGUGUUUAGAUCUAGGGUUGAUGAUUAGGGUUAAAUUGGGCGUUCUGUUCUGAAUCAAUCUCAGAUUGAUUGUUACAAUGUGACUCUGAUAUUAAUCAUAUGAAUUUCAGUUCUUAUGAAUUCUCAAUUUUCUUAAUUUUA